GGCCACUCUUGGAUACAGAAAAGAUGGAUACAAAGUGUGGUGGAACUGCAGUGGGACUCUCAUCAGUCGCAGAUAUGUUCUCUCUUCAGCUAGCUGUGCCAAGCUGAAUGGCCUGUAGAGAACCGAUCUAUGUGAAACUAGAGCAUGGCGCCAAGAGCCUGACUGCACGAGUUACACUGAUAUUUGUUCAUCCAGAUUACAAAUACCCAGCCGUGGACAAUGACAUAGCCCUGUUCAGACUGAACCGCACUGUAGAUCUGCACGACGAAAUUGAGCCGGCAUGCUUGCACCAGUACACUUCAAUUCUCACCACCAACCACCUUUUGACAAGGAAGUGGAAUAGUCGUACAACCAGUGAAGUUUCAAAACCCCCAGAUGACUCAAUAAUGCUGGAUCUCCUCUUAUUUGAAGAAUGUGAGAAUGCUUUCAACAAUAGUUACUUACCUGAUGGAUUUCAUAAGCAAGGAAUGAUUUGCGCUGGACAAAAAACAAGAAGUGAUAGUAAAUUUUGCUUGAGAGCAAGGAGGUCCAGUCACUUUGCCACCGAAUGAGAAACUCUUGGAGUCUGACUGUUUCUUGAUCCGCAUGGCAGGACUGUGGACCCGAGCAUUCAAGUGCAAUCAGCAUGGAUCAGUUGGUGUUUUCACAAAUGUAGGCCACUACAUUCCCUGGAUUGAAUCAAUUGUUUGGCCAAAUAAUGCUACUAGCUCUCUACAAGUGUGGCAGUAAUUUCUACUAGAGAAAGAAGGAAAGUCUCUUCUUCUGUUACCGAGAAAUCAAAUACCGUACACUCAUUUCUCAAAAAAAAAA